CUGGUCAGUCUAUGUCAUGGAAAGAGCAGGUGUUCUUAAUGUUUUGUACACUCAGUGUAUAUUGCCUUAGGCUACAUAUCUAAAUGGCUCUGGUAAGGACCAUACCCAUAUGCCUUUAAUGGGCUCUUGUCUCUGUCAGAUAUCCCUCUGUCUUCAAGUAAAGGUUACAUUUCCAGGUCUCCCUUGCAGAAGAUGUCUUCUGACCUCAAUGGGCCUACCUGGUUAAAUAAAAAACAUGUUGUGUGUGUGGGAGCUAAAGCUGUGGUAUUGUUGUCAUGGUUUUGUCAUUAUGGAUGUUGUCUUUGCAGUCCCGGCUCUCAUCACUACCGGUGACUAUGGCAAUGCCAGGAAGAAGAGAGACAUCCCAGAUAACGAUGAUGUCCAAGGGUACUGUGUGCAGUUCCAGCUGACCUCCCUGACCCCUGGGUGCCAGCGUAGUGUGGGGCCACACACCCGCUGGAUGCAGUACCUGAAGGAGGGCCACCAAGUUUGUGUGGAGUGCCAGCCUCCAGCCCUCGCUGCGGGGCAGACACACUGCUCUGGAGACGGAGAUAAGGACGAGGAGGAGAGUGGCAGGCAGUCUCUGCAAUGGCAGGCGGUGGGUAACCCCAGGUGUCGUGGUGUGUGGAGGCGUGUCGGGAGACUAGACUCCUGCUCCUGUCCCACCAUCCACAGCUUCGGACAGACCGGACAGCACAUGGAUCAGGCAUAAUCAAAAAGCAGCACAGACAGUGCUGUGUGUGCAUCCGUAUGGACUGGCCCAUACCAGUGUCUCACAUAACAAUUGAUAUGAAACCUCUGCCAACAAUUUAAUCUUGAUUAUGUGGCUGAUUCGGCUAAUUUUGUUCUCUGGUUGGACAGAAUCUUUCUUCCGAAGAAAUGGUAUUGUAGAUUAUUUUCUAAGAGUAUGUAACUUUUUCUUUGUAUCAGCAAAAGCCUUCGAUAAUGCCUGUAAUACAUGUAAAUAAUCAAAAAUCAAACCAUUAAUUAAUUAGACUUUUAUUUAAUUUUCAGUCAUCCAAGGGAAUGUUGCCUUUCUAAAAGAAAUAGAAAGAUCUUGGGACAUUGAGACACUUUUUACAGGACAGGUAAACUGCCGUUGUGCAUGUGUUUCACACCCAGUCACGGCUACAAAUUUACGACAUGCAUCGAUCGAACAACAGAACAUUUAUACAGCAACAACUUACAGCAUUAGAAAGUCAACAGGUAGAAAUGUUACAAAACAAAUAGUAGCCUGGAGACCUACAAACAACAGUAGAAGAAGAGGUGGGGAAAGUCAGAAAGUCUUGAAUCUUUUUUUUCCUUCAGUUCCCUGGAAUUUGUGUAUGUUACAAUGACAGUUUGGGAAUUACUGUUUGGGAUCAAUUUCAUCUCUUUCAAAUCUAUUCAAUUUCCAAAUCCAAUUCUUGAAUUGAAUUAUAAUGUACCAAAGCAUUUCAAAUGGACCACUACCCUGAAAUCCAACAUCAAUUUCAAUGGCAUUUGUAUAAUUCCUAAAUUGUAUGUUUUUCAUAUGUUAUCAAAAAAAGAAGAUAAAUUAAAAAAAGUAACUUGA